GCUGAUUGGCCGGGGCUCCACCGCGGGGCGCCUCAGCCGGCUGCCCGGCCUGGGACCGGAGCGGAGGGGUGGGCUCCCGGCCGCCCCAAUUCCGAGCUGGAGUGAUGUCCUGAGACCUACUCUCCCAGACCUGGUUUUUGGGUGCUGUGAAGAGAACUGGGCAGAACACCAGAAUAUCAGAAGCAGUCAAUAACCAAGAGGCCAGAGAAGCUCAAAGAACAAUCCAGAGAAGGAGAUCGCUCACUGGGACCACAGGCGGUGCUUUCCCACCAAGAUGAUUUCUGCAAACUCCAGGCCCCGUGAGAUGGAAGGGUUGGAGAGGAUUCCUACCCCUGGAAGUGCUGCCCGAGUGUGGGUGUGGGGCUGGGGAACGUCCUAAAAGGCAUUCAAGCAUCUGAAGGGGCUGGAUUCCAGAGCUUCUAGGUGACCAGAACGAGGCAGCUAAAUGGCACCUGUGUCAGCUCAGUGGACAUGGAGCUCUUCCUCCAUUACUCCCUCAUCCCAUCACUUUUCAUCAUUUUGGUCUUGUCCUUUCUCCAAAGACGAGAGCACCGUAAGCAGAGAGAUGAUACUUCUCACCUCCUGGGGAACCGCUUUGGAAUCAUCAUACCUCUGGACUUUGUGGGCACCUUUAGUAACCGAUGGUCUUAUGGAAUCGCCUUUGGGGCCACAGCCAAUAAAGUCAUGUUCUUGUUCUCAGAAGGGUACCAGCCCUUACAUAUCCCUCAGUGGGCACAAGCCUUUGUGCUUCUGAUUGGAGGCAUGGAAGUCGGCCUGUCUCACUUCCCCUUCUUUGCCUGCCUCUCGUCGGAGUUCCGGCUGGUCAGCUCCAUCCUUGGCUUCAGCUACUCUCUGAUCUGGUUUGCUGUCACCAUCCUUUACAUCAUACAGUGUCCCCAUGGGCAGUUUUUGGGGAAGUACGAGACCGUCAUGUUCUACUGGCCGUCACUGCUGUGCCUGGCCUUCCUGCUGGGCCGCUUCCUUCACAUGUUUGUCAAGUCGCUGAGGGUCCACCUGGGCUGGGAGCUGCAGAUGGAAGAAAAGCCUUUCCUGGAAGUUCACCAGGCGGAGCAUGUCAAGCGGCUCCUGAGGAAGGCCCCCCUGCAGGAGACUAAAAAGUCCUGGUUCCAAACCAGGGUGUAUGAGUGGGACCCCUGCUUUCAGUUCCCAAGCAGAAUGAUUGGAACCACUGUGUUGGCUUUCAUAUGCCUGUACCUUUUCAUUGUCAUUGAGUUCUGCAUGUUCAUGUAUGUGAGAGACGAGCUGGAUGUGUUUGAAGGGGAGCUGGAGAACUACAUCGCCUCCAUGAACCAGACGGGGACCCUGACCCCUGUCAUCCUGCAGGUGAAAGAGCUGAUGAACGUCAGCAAAGGAGUCUGGCUGGUGACCAUCUUGCCCGCCUCCCUCACGUGUGUGAGCUAUCUGUUCCACAUACUGGCCUGUUACAGAAAGCACAUGAAGAGGCUGUGGGCAGGAAAUAAACACUUUCUCCCUUUGAAGUUCCAUCAUCCUUCCUCGUCGAAGAGUGUGGUGGCCAUUGCAAGGUACUCUGGCUGGCAAAUAGCCUAUAUUCUGUGGGGCUACCUCAUCAUCCAUGUGGUACAGAGCCUGUGUGGCCUGAUGAUCAUGUACAGCCUGGUGUUGCCUGUCGUCCACAACCAGGGCCUGGAGAUGCUCCAAGGACUGGGCAUCGGGACCCUCACCAUAUCCAUCGUCCUGGGUCUCAUGAGCCUGCAGGUAUGGAUCGCCACCAGCUUCUUCCUGCAGCCAAAGAUGAGCACGGCUGACAAGCAGAAGCCCUUGGCUCUCAACAACAGGAAAGCCUUCCACAACUUCAACUACUUUCUGUUCUUCUACAACGUGCUCCUGGGCCUGGGCGCCUGCCUCUCCAGGCUGCUCAUCAGCUGCAUCCUGGGCACAUGGCUGAUUGCCCGCAUCGACAGGACCAUCAUGCAGAAUGGCUAUGAGGGUGCAGACAUGGGGUUCAGCGCCUGGAUUGGCAUGCUCUAUGUGGAUCAUUAUCAUACCAACCCUGUGCUCGUCAGCUUUUGUAACAUCCUGAUCACAGGGCACAGGGAGCGGAGGCUGCAGCAGGCCAUCAAAUACUGGUGCCUAAAUCAGUCAGCAGGUCCCCGAGUCUCAGCCAGGUCCAGGACGCGGUGGCUUCUGCUGCAGACCCUGGUCAACAAUCCCAAACUAGUCAUGCUCAGAAAAUCAAGACCAGGUCAUAGCUCCCGGGAGUUUACCCAGAUUCUUUUGAUGGGCUCAGAGAGCUGACAGUGACCUCCGACCUUGCUAUAAGGCCAUUCCAGGAUGACUGCUCCAGAUAGGACCCGGGCUACCCAGCCGCUGUCCCCUGCAUUGUGACAGGAUGCACAGUCACUGUCCACUGCAUACAGCACCAGACACUCGUGGAUGGCACCUGGGCUGAACCAUGAAGUCUCAGCCCCAAUAAUUCACUCCCCUGGUAAAAAGAUCAAGAACUAAAGAGAAUUUCUGUUGAACAAUCUUUUCUCAAUGAUUUCCACUAUCGAUGGUUAGGAGGCAGCCUUGGGGAGUUCCAUAUGGACAAACAGUUUGACCACAGGGCAGAACUUUGUGUCAGUGAAGAAUGUGGUAAAAUGGCUAUCUAUACCAGGAGAGUUUAACUAUUGGACACAGUUGUCCUCUGGGAGACAAUAUGGCCUUAAUCCAAUAGGAUCCUCAUUGCUCCCCCACUUUCCAGGCCUCCUGGUGGUGGGAGAGACCCAAGCCUCUAGUCUGGUAGUGUGAGCAGGCACACAUUGGGCUCUUCCUACCAUGGCCACUGGGAUGAGGAACAGAUCAGAACUGACCUGGGUCUUGGGCACAAAGAAGAUAUGCACAUCUGACGAGGAGGGGAUCCCCCAGGAAAGCUGCCUACCUGCGGAGGCAGAGAUGGGGGUGUGCAGGCAUUCUCCUUGGAGGACAACAGAGCAAAGGAGUGGGAGCAGGAGAGCCCCAGGCAUGUUGGAGGAGGGGAGGCCUCUGGUGUUUGCAGUGCAGGGAAUCAGGGGUGGGUUAGACCACCUAGGGAGGCUCAGACGCCAGGCUGGGAGGCCUGGACAUUUCUCUGUGUGCAGAGGUCCCAGUCCUCACCCUGAAUCUUCAUACCCUCGUGUAAGGUCUCUGAUGGUUCAGGGCUUGUACAAAGUGACCAAAGUCUUGCAGCUUGUGCAAGUGCCAGGAGGACAUACCAACAGGGUGAGGGAAGUCCCCAUCCACCUCAUGAGUCCCAGAGCCAUUGAAGUUCAGUAAUCACAUUAAGCAUCUACUGUAAACCUAGUCCUGUUGCUAGACGUGUCUGCCAGACUCAUCUCUUUUAAUUUAACCUUUGCGACUAGACUUUGUCACUCUGCUUUCAGAAACUGAGAAACCUGUGACUCGCGUGUCGGGAUCCCCACAUGACCACUUCCAGCUGUGUAACACCAGCUAAAUUCCUUUGCCUUUCUGUGCUGCUUUUUCCUUACGAAUAAAAAGGGCAAUACCUGGA